AUUAAGAAUUUGUAAAGGAUAAGUCACCUUUGUAAACUUAGUAUGAAAUAAUUAACUGACCAUUUUAUCGAUAGAUAUUAAUGAAUGCGAACCUUCAAAUGACUGCAUGCAGAAGUGUACCAACAGUAUAGGGAGCUACAACUGUUCAUGUGACGAGUUUUUCAAACCUGAUCCUGCUGACUGGAGAAAAUGUUUAGCCAAAAACCCUUGUACCUCUGGACAUGGCUGUCAACAUGUCUGCUUCAAAGGAAGCAAUAACCAACCAACGUGCGACUGUUUUGCUAAUUACGAGCUGGAGAAUGAUGGAAAAACCUGCAGAGACAUCAACGAAUGUGAUCCAGCUAAUCCUCGCCAUCGCUGCAGCCAGAUUUGUGAAAACACCCCAGGAAGUUAUAACUGCUCAUGUGAAGAAGGAUUCGAAUUGAACAGGGAUGGUUACCAAUGUGAAGAUGUUAAUGAAUGCCUGGAUGAAGAUUUGUACAACUGCACGGAUGAGUUCCACAAGUGCGUCAACACUCGCGGCUCGUACAAGUGUGAAUGUGAACAAGAUCUCUACUUUAUUAAUGGCAAAUGCAGAGGUCUAGCGAAGAAUGAGACAGCUCCCAAGCCAGUGUUACCGGAACCGCGUGUGCCAUCAAAGAAAGAGAGAGAAGAAGCUGUACAGUUCGUAAUUUCCCUCACAAGCGAUUUUGAAUGGGAUUUCGAAAAGGACAAGUCAUUCAAAGACGAAAUGGCGUCUGUAACAACGGAUUUCUGCACGGAAAACAGGACAAGAUGUGCCCUAAAGAACGCUAGGCGAAAAAGACGUUCCCCUUUUACGGACCUUUACACCACUGACCAGGUUCACCUACUGCCUGGUUACCCUAGCAACGCAUCGGGCUCUCUCCAGGUAGCGUUUUACGUGCAGCAGCCGCUUGGACUCUUCAUCGGAAAUAUCUCGGUCCUGCCUCGCAGUACUCUGGAAGAGAUCGUUAAAACUCACAAGUCCGCGCUUGAGUUAGCCAUUGGGGCAAACAUCUCUGAUGUAGAAGUUCUCUUCAAACCUGCCACGCCGACCACGUCACCAACAGCGGGACUAGAUGAGUCAAGCAAUGUUUGGAAGUGGGCUGCCAUUGGUGUUGGUGUAGGAGUGGUGGUCUUCAUCUUGAUAAUUUCGAUCGUGUUCUGGCGCCUGAAAAACAGAUUACCCCAGGUGAAGCCCAUGCCAGAUGGUAAUCAUGAAGAAGCCAUAAUUAUGGCACCUUACAACCGAUCGUCAAGGCUUGAACGUCAAGAACGUGGAGACGCGUGGGAGAAUUAUACCUUCUAUCAACCUUAAUUAGUAUUCCCUUCAGCAUUUAGCAUAUCUAAUUAAAGAACUUGUUCAAUGAAUGUGUUUUUGAAGACAAACUAUAGCACAGUGGAAUCCCGAUUUCUCGAACCCUCAAUUUUUCGAACCUCCCGCGACAACUCGAACCAAAAGUCGUUCAC